GAGCUGCUGCGCGAGAUCGGCUACCAGGAGGGCGCGAGCCAGCCGUGGAGGAGGGCACCAGGCGCCGAGAAGGAGUACGGCAGGCCCGAGCACGGCGACACCAGGCUCGACCCAGCGAUCGCGGCGUGGCCCGACGGGAUGCGGCGACCGAUUCCGCAGGUUCUCACCGAGGGCCUGCCUAAGAAGCUGCCGCUGCCGACCUCCCAGCUGGGCUCAGACGUCAAGAAGAUAUUGCAUGCUGGACCGCUGGACGGGGCCACUGGCGCGAAGAUCGUCGAGUCCAUGGACAGGGGCAACCCUCGCAUGAGGAUCAGGGACGAGCGCGAGGAGAAGCCGCAG